GCGGGCGCAUAACAUAAAGUGACUACAGAAGCGAUUUUGGGUGAUAUUUUUCGAAUUAUUGUUUCCUUUUCGCAGGCGAGGUUUCUUCAUCAGUUGAUUUUUUUCUUUUUUCUACAGCGUGAAGAAUGAGAGAGAUUGUUCAUUUGCAAGCUGGACAGUGCGGUAACCAAAUUGGUGCCAAGUUCUGGGAAGUCAUUAGCGACGAGCAUGGCAUUGACCCUACUGGCAGUUACCAUGGUGAUAGUGAUCUUCAGCUGGACAGAAUUAAUGUCUACUACAAUGAAGCUACAGGAGGCAAGUAUGUCCCCCGUGCUGUCCUAGUAGAUCUGGAGCCAGGUACCAUGGACUCUGUGAGGUCUGGACCUUUCGGGCAAAUUUUCAGACCUGACAACUUUGUUUUUGGCCAGAGUGGUGCUGGUAAUAACUGGGCCAAGGGCCACUACACAGAAGGUGCUGAGCUGGUGGACUCGGUCUUGGAUGUGGUGCGUAAGGAGGCUGAGAGCUGCGACUGCCUGCAGGGCUUCCAACUCACUCACUCGCUGGGUGGUGGUACUGGGUCAGGCAUGGGCACCCUGCUCAUCAGCAAAAUCCGUGAAGAGUACCCUGACCGCAUUAUGAACACCUUCAGUGUUGUGCCCUCACCCAAAGUCUCUGAUACAGUGGUGGAGCCUUACAAUGCCACACUGUCUGUCCACCAACUGGUAGAGAACACGGACGAGACGUACUGCAUUGACAACGAAGCCCUGUACGACAUCUGUUUCCGCACCCUCAAACUCACAACACCAACAUACGGUGACCUCAACCACUUGGUCUCUGCCACCAUGAGUGGAGUUACAACAUGUCUGAGGUUCCCUGGGCAGCUCAAUGCUGAUCUGCGCAAACUGGCAGUCAACAUGGUGCCCUUCCCCCGUCUGCACUUCUUCAUGCCUGGUUUUGCCCCACUGACCAGCAGGGGUAGCCAGCAAUAUCGUGCUCUCACUGUACCUGAAUUAACCCAGCAGAUGUUCGAUGCCAAGAACAUGAUGGCUGCUUGUGAUCCACGUCACGGUCGCUACCUCACGGUGGCUGCUAUUUUCCGUGGCCGCAUGUCCAUGAAGGAGGUGGAUGAGCAGAUGCUCAAUGUGCAGAACAAGAACAGCAGCUACUUUGUUGAAUGGAUCCCCAACAACGUGAAGACAGCUGUGUGCGACAUCCCACCUCGUGGCCUGAAGAUGGCUGCCACCUUCAUUGGGAACAGCACAGCUAUCCAAGAGCUGUUCAAGCGCAUCUCCGAGCAGUUCACGGCCAUGUUCAGACGCAAGGCUUUCCUGCACUGGUACACGGGUGAGGGUAUGGAUGAGAUGGAGUUCACGGAGGCUGAGAGCAACAUGAAUGACCUGGUGUCUGAGUACCAACAGUACCAGGAAGCAACUGCUGAAGAAGAAGGAGAGUUUGAUGAGGAGGAAGAGGAGCCUUAAAUAUAUUUUGUCAGUCACUUUUUCCAUUGUUUUAAGAUAAGAUGUAUUUAUUUAUUGAUCCCCUUGAGGCAAAAUUCAGGUGUUGUGGCAGCUCAAGUACUGAGUUUAUAUUAAAAAAUAAAAAAGAAGAAAUUGAGAGACAAAAAAUUUAGAAUGCAUAUAAUGCAAUAAAGACCAGGCUAAAGAUGGCAACAAACAAGAAUUGGUCGUGGCCCUACAUCCAUGAGUGGUGUGUGUAAACUAGUGGUGUGGAGCUAUAUAAAAUGACACAAUGAAGUGAGGUAGCUGUAGGCAUGGGUGAACUGUAACAAUAGUGCAAGAUGUGAUACGAUGCUUGAUAAUAGUACAAAUGGUGGGGGGUGCUAUGGCAAAAGAAAGAGGACAAAAUAUACAGCAUAUAUACAUGUGCUGUGUGCAACGUUCCACAUGACUCCAGUGCAAUGUGUGUAUAAUGUUCCACAUUUUUAUGUUCAACUUUCCUUUUUUGUCCCCUCUUGAUUUAAGUUUCUCAGAUUCUGUGUUCCUCAUUUAUGUGCCUUCCAAGUUCUUUGUCUGUUUUUAUACCAAUAAAACCUGCAGUAAAUAA